CCGCGUCACUGGGAUGCGGUCGCCGGAGCCGGGCACAUAGCCGACCAUCCCCGCUCACAUGCCCACCGCCGAGAGGGACCACUCACCAUUUCCUCCACCCACCAAAGAUGACAGCUCCACCAAACGUAACCCAUGCAGCGCCACAGCAACAGCGCUUCUUGGUGUUGUUCGACUUUGAUGAGACCAUCAUCAAUGAGAGCAGCGAUGAUGCUGUGGUGCGUGCACUACCAGGCCAACACCUUCCUGACUGGCUGAGAAACAGCUACAGGGAGGGGCACUACAACGAGCAUAUGCAGAAAGUCUUGGUCUAUAUGGCGGAGCAGGGCGUGUCCGUGGACUCCAUCCAUUCAGCGGUGGAGAAGAUCCCCCCCACGCCUGGCCUCCUCAACCUCUUCCAGUAUCUGCACGGCCACCAGCAGGACUUUGAGCUGACGGUGGUCUCCGACGCCAACAUGUACUUCAUUGAGACGUGGCUUAAGUGUGCUGGUGUGCGUGACCUUUUCCGGAAGAUUUUCACAAACCCGGCAAGUUUUGAUGCGAAUGGCUGUCUCGAGCUGCUCCCUUUCCACUCCCACUCGUGCUCCUGUUGUCCUGAAAACAUGUGCAAGCAGGUGAUCCUUCGGGAGUAUCUGGCGGGGCGUCAAAAGGAGCGUGGUGGUGCCCCCUUCCAGAAGGUAUUCUACAUCGGAGAUGGGGCCAAUGAUAUCUGUCCCUCUCUGGCUCUGGGGCCCCGGGACACAGCCUUCCCCAGGAGGGACUUCCCUAUGCACAGGCUGCUGCUGGAGAGGCAGCAGUCCCAGGCAACCAAGUUCAAGGCAAACAUCGUUCCUUGGGUCAGCGGCGAGGACAUAGUGGACUGCCUGAAGAAAAUAAUGGAGGAGAGAUGAGAUGCGUGCGUGUGGUGUGUGUAUGUGUUUGCGUGUUUGAAAGUGAAUGAAGGGGGCAAAUAUAGCGAAGGUGAACCCACCCCAGUCCUGGUGAGCAGCAGGAUAUGCAUGAUUUUACCCCAGCCACACUUGGUACAACUUGUAAAGAUCUAACCAAAUACUGUGUAUCUAUUUGAAUCACCAUUUUUUUUUUAGAGGAGUAGUUCGAGAUUUUUGGAAAUCACUUUUUUUUUUUGGAAAUGUUAAUUAGUGGCUUUUAGGGGAUCAGAAAGGCGGAUUCACCAACAUGUCGAACUAUUCCUUUAAUGCUAGCCUGGUAUAAAAGCCUUUUGCCAUUGUUAUUAAUAGGUUUAAGUGAUCAAUAAUAGAGAUAAGCAGUCUCGAUGAUGCUCUAAGUUAGGGUUUCAAGUCUGAUCAAAAUGCUGACGAUCUUAAAACCAGUUGUGUCUAGAGUGCUCCGGAGUGAGCUUAAUCCAAUGCAGUCAGCUCACUUAUCACAUCCUUCAAUAUGAAUGUAAUUUAGUUUACAUUUGACUGUCUCACUGUAUCUGACAUUUUUUAGCCAUCCUGGAGAUUUUAGUGACCACGAGCAACAUCUACUCCACUCUUGUGGGUCUCUAGUGUUGUCGGGCUUGUUUUUAAAACACUUAACACUGCAAGUAUUCAAGGACUGCGACGAUGGACACAUAAGUAGGAUCAGGUGUUGUAGCACUACCUGGGACAAAAGACCACACAUGUCGUGUCAGGCAGGGACAAGCACGGCAUACAGCAGGGAUAAGGUAACAGAGACUCAUGCACAGUACCUGUGCUCUAUCUGCCACUCAGUACUGAUACCUAAUCUAGGGCUUGAUUAUACAAUGGUAUUCUACACCAGCAUGAGAUCCAAAGGCCAAUUGCAGCCAUACGCCUGCACUUUGGCCCAACAUUAUACCCUGUGACUCUAAAACAAGGAAAGAAAAUGUGAUGCAAAGUAACAACUGAAGAUUUAACAUUGUAUGUGUGUAUUUAUUAGCUAGCACUCACUGUACUUGUGCCCUAUUAAUACUCCCAGUGAAUAUUAGUGUUAACAAAAGGGUUUAGGUUGAGGAGGAUUUAUAGCCUCGGAAAAGCCUCCUUUACGUUUGAAUGUAUUCCCAGUAAACUAUAGUGUUCUGAGUUGGUGAUAAUGAACUUCUUUAGUAAAUUUGCAUAUUUAACUCAACGUGUAACCUCAUUCUGCCUCACUAAACCCAUGACAGGGACUGGAAAAUAUAUUUUAAAACAUCAAUACAGGGCACUUAUAUAGAGAUGGUUUACAGGGACAUUAAAUAUUUUGUUUAUAUUCAGGAAAUGGUAAAAUAUUCUGUCUUGUUCAAUUUGUUUAAGUUGUUCCAUCCUAUAAUGGGGCAUGUAUACUGUGCAUUUGCUGAUUUUUUCAGCAUGUUAAAGGUUUCCACAUUAGUAUACAGUACACACAAGUUUACAAUCACUGACAUCGGUCCUGUCUGGUAACUUUGCUAGAGGUAGUAUGAAUAAUUGAGUAUAUAUUUGCAUUUUUUUAAUCACUAUCCAAAGACUGAACAUCUUUUCAAGCCAUUGCAGUUAACAAUAGGAAGGUUUGGGUGCUGAUGAAAAGCAGUCAAACAGAUAAGUAUAUAAUAAGCUUGUUAAUUGAUGAAAUAUACUUUUAGCCUUGAAAAACAACAUUAUGCUAUAUAAGUGCUGGAAAUGUCCUUUUCAGUGUUUUAGUUUCUCAGGGAGUAGAGAAGAAAGUGUUAACAAGCAAACAUAGCGAUAUAUGUUUAGAAAAAUAUAUUUAUUUGCUGAUCUAAGAACAGAAUGGUAACUUAUGCUUAAAAAAUAUGUUUAUGAGAAGUAAUCAACGCAGCUGGAGAGUGAUCCUGAGAUUCUUUGAGAUCAAAACCGAAUCCAUUAAUGCUUUAUGAUUAGGAGACUAAGUCAGCUUUACUCCUUAUGAUGCUAAGGUUAUUAAAACUUUAACAAGGUGUAUUUGAAUUGACUUUUUGUGUACCUGUAAAACUUCCAUGGAGUUUUGUGCAAUAACUAUACUGUAUACUUGAUAUAAUGUAAAAUACAUUUAAGGUGAAACAUAAAGAAUAAUUUGACAUUUUCAGGGAUGUGAUUCGACACCAGAUCACCAAACUAAAGAGUUUUUUUAAAUGAAACUUUAAAAUGGUAUUAUGGCUUCACAACAACCAAAUAAAAGUAUGUGUAGUUAGGAUUCUGCUUGACUAAUAUGCUACUUUUUUCUUUUUUUUGAGGUUUGUUGUAUAGUGUGUUUGUGUUUUUAAGCAUUUAUGUGUGUAAUGCAUCAGUGUAACAGGAAUAUAAAGCCAUUAUCUGAUUAA